UCUACGUUAGAAAUGAAUGAAAAAUCAAUCUGUGUGACUGCAGUGCUAGCACUGUCCACUCUAACCUAGUUUCUACAUUGUCUUCUAUGUUGCUUCUUCAAGUGAUGCCCUCUGUUUGAAAUGUGAAGUGAAUUUCUGCAGCCACAAUGAUGACUUCACUGCUGUUACUUGCUUUGCUGUCCGUCUGCUGGGCUGAUUCUCAAUUUAAUCUGAACUCUACAGAGUCAAAAUACUUCAGGACAGUCUACAUUGCAGAUAAAGAAUCACGACUGGGCAUAAAGAUAGAACAGCCUAAAGUUGUCUCAUACCGAGGCAGCAAUGCCACUCUGCCCUGUAAGUUCUAUUACAAGCCUGUGCCUGUGCGUGCAGUUCAAACUCCUCUUAAAGUCAGGAUCAAGUGGACCAAACUCACCUCUGAUUACCUCAAGGAAAUUGAUGUAUUUGUUUCAUUGGGAAAUAACUGGAAAAGUUUUGGAAACUACCAGGGAAGAGUUUUUCUAGAAAAUGAGAAUGAUGCCUCCAUAACAAUAACAGAUUUAACAUUGGAGGACUACGGGAACUACAAAUGUGAAAUAAUUGAAGGAUUGGACGAUGUCAGUGGGACUAUUCUGCUGGAUCUGCAAGGUGUUGUGUUCCCAUACUUUCCAAGACUAGGUCGUUACAACCUGAAUUUUGUUGAGGCUCAGAAGGCUUGUGAAGAUCAGGAUGCAAUAGUUGCUUCAUUUGAGCAACUUUAUGAUGCAUGGAGAGCAGGGAUGGAUUGGUGUAAUGCAGGCUGGCUGAGUGAUGGGUCUGUGCAGUAUCCCAUCACUAAACCCAGGGCACCAUGUGGAGGGAGAAAUACGGUUCCAGGUAUUAGAAGCUAUGGAUACAGAGACAAGAUGAAAGACAAAUAUGAUGUGUUCUGUUUCACAUCCUACUACAAAGGGCGCUUCUACUAUCUGAUUCAUUUUAGAAAGCUGACCUAUGGUGAGGCUGUGCAAGCCUGUAUUAAAGAUGGAUCAAGGAUUGCUAGUGUUGGUCAAAUGUAUGCAGCUUGGAAGUUGCUGGGCUAUGACCGCUGUGAUGCUGGCUGGCUAGCUGAUGGCAGUGUUCGUUAUCCAAUCAGCAGACCCCGAAAGAGGUGCAGUGAAAGUGAAGCAGCUGUGCGCUUUGCUGGCUUCCCAGAUAAGAAACAUCGGCUAUAUGGUGUCUACUGCUUCAAAAGCAACUGAGAAUUCAUAUAAAUGCUUAAAUGGAGAUGAGUGUUAUUUUAAUUCUGCACAUGUGAAGGAUGUACUUUCAAUGAUAUGAACUCAAAAUAUGUUACCAAAACUGUGAUAAAAAUAUUUUUACUUACUGUACAAUGCCAUUUUCAAACAAGCCAAAACAUUUUUUCUUUAUUGUAAUGUAUCAUAAAUCAUUAAAUCUUAAAAAUAAUAUAAUUUUUAUAGGAAUCUAUACCAAGAAUUAGCACCAUUUUGCUUCUUUUUAAAGUAGCAGUUAACAAAAUUUAGAAAGAACUUUGCUCUGACUGUAUCUAACAGAUAAAAAAUUCAGGAAUAGGUGGAACAUGCCAUAAACAGAUCUUAUUUAAAGUUGUAUUCAUUUACAAAAUGGACAUUUCUCAGGCAAUCUUUCAUUUUUUUUGUCAAAUAUACAAGCAUUCAAAUUCAUCCUUUCAACUUUCUGAAUUAUACUGCAUUUCUGACUCUCCAGCAAGUGGAACAAAGCAAUGGAGAAACUUGAUGCUAGAAUCUAAAGUCCAUCCUAUUAUUUGUUGAGUAUUUAUUGUAUUUGAUUCGGCUAGCAUUGAUUUUCAUACUUUUGCAAAACCAUUUGAUAUUGAACAAUUUGAAAAAUACCAACAUCAUUUUAAUUUUGCUAGGUUUGUUUCAUAUGUCAUUUUUGAUGAAUCUGCUAGUUUUAUCCCUGAACUUUAAUCGUAAUUAUCUUUUCAGAAAAAGUUUUAAAAAAUGCGAGACUGGACCACUUUUCCAAUGGUGCUUUGUGGAUUUGCACCACAUUUGGUAACAUUUUAAAGUCAGUAAUUUGUACUAUGUUGUGCCAAUAUACUAAUUUGAACAAGAAAACAAUAUGCUUUCCAACAAUCUAAUAUUUUAACUGCUUUUUUUUGUUAUCAAGAAUGCUUUAUGAGAUAGUAUUCAGAACAUAAGCUUUUCCAAGUCUUUUAAAUAGAUCCUAAAAUACUAGAAGAGGAUGAGGGAAAAGAAUGACUACAUUACUGUAAUGUAAAAUGGUUACAGGAUUCUACAAUCCUCAUUGAAUCCCCAGCAAAAUUAAAAUCUGAAAAUCUAAGUUUGCAUGUGUAAAUUCAAAAAAUCUAUGGUGCUAUCACAGUUUAGUAAAGUUCAGUUCAAGAAAAAAAUGAUGAAACCAAACCAAAUGUGUUUCAUUCUGCCUGUUUGUACAAUUUUCUCAAUAUAUUAUUGUAGCUUAAUUUCCAUAGUUCUGUGGCAAGCAGACUAUUUGAUGCACGCAUAGUAGUUUUCUCUCUCUGAACAAAUAGGUCUGGUUAUUGCACUGAGUAAUGAAUUGUCUGAGAAUUCAACACCUUCUUCGGCAUCUUCAUGUCUUCACAAUCUAUUGAAGGUCGCCAUUAUAUUUAAGAAGACUAUUUAUUUGUGACAGAACAAUAGGGAGAGUCUCCCGACACAUGCACAAAUCUUGUGUCAGUGUCAGUGUCAGAACCUGUGACUAUUUUAAGUGAGAGAUGCUUUUUAUUUUCUUAUUCUUUAUUUUAUUUUUAGAUUGUGGUUAUCACUGGCUAGGCCUGCAUUUAUUGCCUGUAUCUAUUUGCCUUGGAAAAUGAGGUGGUGAGCUGCCUUCUGGAAUUGCUAUUGCUGCAGUAUUUGGGAUUCAGGGACAUGAUCAGGGCUGCCAUGUAGGGAGUUCCACCAUUUUGAUACGGGACCCAAUAUGAUAAGCAAUGUACUUCCAAGCCAACAUGGUUCUUGAUUUGACAAGAAACUUGCAGGUGAUGGUAUUUCCAUGUAUCUGCUGCCCUUGUCCUUCUUAAUAGUAGUCAUCGUGGAUUUGGAAGGUACUAUCUAAUAAGCCUAUGUGAGCUGUUACAGUGCAUUUGUAUCUGGUACAUGCUGUUACAACUAUGCAUUGGCAGUAGAGGGAGUACAUUUUGAAGGCAUUAGAUGGAGUGUCAAUUAAGUGGACUGCUUUAUCCUUGAGGAUGUUGAGUUUUUUGGAUGUUGUCAUGACUGCACCCAUCUAGCCAAGUGGGGAAUAUUCCAUCACACUCAUGAGUUACAUCUUAUAGACAGUGGACAGGCUUUGAGCUGCCCGCAGCUGAGGUACUCAUUGUAUAAUUCCCAAUGCCUGGCCUAAUCUUGUAGCUCUAGUAUAUAUAUAUAUAUAUAUAUAUAGAUAGUCCAGUUCAGUUUCUGGUCAUGGUAACCCUCAGGAGUUUGAUAGUCAUGGUAAUGCCAUGAUUCGGAAGGUUGGAUUCUCUCUUGUUGAAGAUAGCCAUUGUUUAACACUUGUUUGUCACAAAUAUUACUUGCCACUUAUUGGCAAGAUUGUGCAGAUCUCUUUUAAAAUGUUGGUUUAAUUUCCUUGCUCCUGUUGCAUCUCUCUGCUGGCAAUACCAUGGGUUCAUAGUGUGCUUUGUGCAGCACUCACUUGGUCCACAUUGUUAAAGGUUACCAACCUUUAGAGCUGUUCCAUCUAAACAAGCAAUCAUCUGCAAAGCAAACAUUUAUCCAAAAUGUUUUCCGCUCCAGUUGCAUAGUAAGUAAAUAUAAUGGGUUCAUUCAUCGCGAACAAUAAGAGAAUAAAAACACUGUUUAAUAGUUGUGAGCGCCAGAUCACAAAUCCAUAUAUCACAACAAACAAUGACUUUGUGGAAAUCACAACUGAGUAAUCAUAUUCCGUUCAGAGUUUUUUUUUAAUUGGACAUUAGUUAUGAGCAUGAUGUACUUCCAGUUUAACAAUCCCUAUUCAAUUGCUUUUUUGAUUUUAGAUUGUUUGCUUUUUAGUUUAGAAAUUGUAAAAUGACAAUAGCUUCACUCAUUGAAAUGUGUCACCACCACUACUCAUUUAUAAUUCAGUUCUAAUGUAAAUGAGAUUUCCAGACUUGAGAAACAACCUAGUUCAGGCCUUACCUGGAGGUCGUAUAGUCUGUUCACCAAUAUAGCUAGUUGAAGUAGGAGUGACAAUUGAAUGCAAAGAAGAACUUGGAGUAGUUUUGACAUAAUUUUUUAUUCCAUUUAUUUAAUCUGUUGGAAAGACAUUACUGAUUUAAUGGAGGAAUAGAUCAAUUAUCAUUCAGCAAAUAGAGAUGCUUGUUCAAUGUCUAAACCGUGGUCUAAACAUUGACGUGGAUUCAUAUGUUUAGAUCCUUUACAUGAAUUGACAACAUUACAGCAAACAACAAUAUCUAACCUACUUCAAAGAAAAAAGAUAUUUAAUUGUUCAUCAUUGUGAGAUCAGGGUGCACUGGUUUAAAUGACUAAGUGUUACCUGGUGUAGUCCCACUGGGUGAAUUUCUACAUACUGCCAACAGUAUGUCGCUUUUGCAUCUGUUAUAUUCCAAUGGGAUACAUCAUGUGUCAACUUUUCAUUGGUCAAUGUUUUUUCCUGCUUUUCUGUAAUUAUCUACUAUUUCAAGCUCAUUCUUUUAGUGAUAGAAAGUACUAAUAUCAAAUGCUGUGAUAUGAUUACAUACAAAGCCGUUCUGACGUUUUUUUAGUUUAUUAAUGGUUCAGGUUAGCGUGAUUAUCCUAAAUGCUGAAUUAAACUAGUUGAGAGUGUGUUUCCACAAAGGUGAAAAUCAGCUGGACAGUAGCCUUUGCAUGGCAAAAGGGAGGACUGCAGAUGCUGGAAAUCAGAGUCUAGAUUAGAGUAGUGCUGGAAAAACACAGCAUGAAUGAAUGAUGAAUUAAAUAGUUUUGCCCAAACGUCGAUUUUCCUGCUCCUCGGAUGCUGCCUGACCUGUUGUACUUUUCCAGCACCACUCUAAUCUAGUAGACUUUACAUGGUCAAACCUCAUCAGCGUAACAUCGCCAGAGAUUAAUGAGCACUGAAAGGAGCUCUCCAACUGGGAGAAGGCAGGAAAUCUAAUAGCUCCUUCAUGAAACCAAGAUAAAGUUAGCAUUUUAAGUAGAUUAGGGGUGGAAAUUCUGGUGAGGACAUAUAAAGCAGCAGACUGGAAGAUUUACAAUAGGCCAUAAGGAGCAUAAUGCAGUGAAAGAAAUUGCAAAUGAUCUUUGCAACUAGAGUAAGAUCCAAUUUAAAUAUUUUAAUUAGGUGCCUGUCUGUUUCAAGUAGGACUGAUGGGUAUAUAUUUCAUACCUUGUUAAAAAUAGAAUUGAAUGGGCCUCAGAAGGCCAGUGUGUGAUAGUUUCUUUUUAGAAAUAAAGAUUAUUGUCCCAUUUUUCGGCAUUAACAGAACAGUUAUGCAACAAAUCAAGAUCCACUGGAGUGAAUUUGUUGCAUCAGAGAAUGAAACAAUGUUGAAUAGAGAGGGAGUUUUGUUUGUGCUGACGGGCAACAUCUCGCUGAAUGAGAAGCGAAGUCUUGACUCACAUGACAAAACGUCAUGGCAGGUAUGAUUUGGAAGAGAGACCAUCCUGAUUUUUGAUAGCAAGACUCUGACAGCUAGAAAGUGCUACGGAAAGUGAUUUUCUUUUGCUCUGGAAGGAGUGAGACUUGUUUAGCGAGAGAAAAUGAGGAAUUUAUCGGGGAAGAUUAAUUUUGUCUCAAGCAGAAUUGUUUUUGGUAUACUAGGGUUGAAGAUACUAUUGAUGCGGCUAACUGUCUGUAAUGAAAACACAAUUUUUACUAUACUUAUUUUUUUCUGGAUCCAAUAGGUGAAAUUGCUUGUUAUGCAGGUUGCAGUAGUAGUAUCACAGACAGAAUUUACAUAAACCCUUUCACUACCCAUAGUCAGCUUGCUUGUGUAUAAUGGAUGUAUGUUUAACUCCCUCAGACUGAUUGUCCCAAUAAAUAAUUUAGCCUGCAAGCAUUUUGAGCAUAUUAAACAAUGAAUGAUCAUUUUUUAGAACAUAUCUAUCCCAGGUAUUUAAAAUGUGAUGUCUCACUCACUCAUCUCAUGCACACAAAGACGAGUUCAAGUAAAUGAAUGCAAUUGCAACAUUAUGAUUACCUCUGUCUAUUUAGUGGCAUGUCUUUAUGGAUGAGCUGAUGCUUUAGUCAAAGUGAAGGUUCUGUAAAGUAGAGAAUUCUCAGAAAGCUUCAAGGGCUUUUUGUUGUUACAGUUGGAGCAGGUUGAGGAGAGUCCACUUCCCACUUUUAAGGAAUCGAUGUUUAUGAUUUUGCUUAGAUGACUUUGGUUCAGUGGCUUUCUGGUGGAACUCUAUAUGCAAAAAAAAACACCUUGCUGCUUUCAAAAGCAGACAAAAUAGUUGUCUCAUCAUUUGGCCUGUUACAUAUCCAAAAUCCUUUUCCAACUAAGGUGGGUGAUUAGUUCAGCUACAUGUAUUGUGCAUUUCACACCUUGAGAGUUUGAGACAACCCAUGUCUUGUACUUGAUAAGACCCAUUCAAUUCAUAAAAAAAAUUUUUUUGAAGUAAUUUCAAAGAAAAGGCAUUACUAUCAAGUCACUCUGGAAAGUUCCUUUUGAGUCAAAAAGUGUGGUAUUGGAAAAGCACAGCAGG